AUGGCUCCCGCAAAUGACUCAACCGGAGAAUCACACAAUCGGCCUUUGGCUAUUGUGGGGAUGGGUAUGCGAUACCCAGGUGAUAUCACCUCUUCAGACGAGUUCUGGGACAUGUUGAUAGAGAGACGAUGCGCCUCGACACAGUUCCCUCCUGAUCGUUUGAACCUCGAGGGACACCACCACCCCGAUAGCACUCGCAUGGACAGUCUUGGUGUGAAGGGAGGCCACUUCAUUUCCGGGGACUUGGGUGCUUUUGAUGCACCUUUCUUCUCUCUCCCUGCCGCGGAAGCAGAGGGAAUGGAUCCCCAACAACGCAUCAUUCUUGAAACAGCCUACCAAGCACUCGAGAAUGCAGGAAUUCCCAUGGAGAAAAUCUCAGGCAGUCAGACAUGCGUCUUCACGGGGUGCUCGGCAAAUGAUUACGCAACAUUAUAUUCCAAGGACCCCCAAAGAGGUGGUAAAUAUUCUGCGUAUGGCCAAGCAAUGAACAUGAUUGCGAACCGGGUCAGUUGGUUCUAUAACCUCAAGGGACCGAGUGUCAAUGUCGACACUGCUUGCUCAAGUGGUCUGGUGGCAUUGGACAUGGCAUGUCAGUCGAUCUGGAGUGGGGUGUCAACAGCAGGUUUUGUUGUUGGAGCAAAUCUCAUGUUCGCUCGUGAGUUCACCAACGCAAUGGACAACCUCGGAGUGCUCUCGGAUGACAACCGAUGCUUCACCUUCGAUGAGCGGGCGAACGGAUAUGGGCGUGGAGAGGGUGUGGGAGCUCUCAUCAUCAAACCGGUGGAAGAUGCAAUUCGCGACGGUGAUACCAUUCGUGCGGUCAUUCGCGCCACUCGAUCAAACCAGGAUGGAUGGACGCCGGGUAUCACGCACCCUAGUCGAGAUGCCCAACUCACCCUCAUCGAGGAUUCCUACCGAGAAGCCAACUUAGAUACCGCUGUCACCAGGUAUUUCGAGGCUCAUGGAACCGGUACCAAAACAGGAGACCCCAUCGAAACAAGGGCUAUUGGUGCUCUCUUCAGACCUCACCGGUCGUCGGAAGACCCGCUAUACUUAGGCUCGGUGAAGACAAAUAUUGGUCAUCUCGAAGGUGGCAGUGGAAUUGCUGGAGUCAUCAAGGUCGUUUUGUCUCUUGAGAACGGCAUCAUUCCCCCCGCCAGCGAGAACUUCAACUCACCCAAUCCCGCCAUCGACCUCGACUACUUGAACCUCAAGGUUGUCACAGACCCGAUUGCUUGGGCUCCCGGGCUGCGACGAGCAUCUGUGAACUCGUUCGGGUUUGGCGGGACGAAUUGCCAUGCCAUCUUAGAUGAUGCCCAUCACUUUGCUGAGCAAGCAGGACUCACUGUGAAACAUAAUGACCCAACUCCCACCCGACCUUUGGUCAACGGCGCCCACACCAACGGAGCCCACACCAACGGGACUCACACCAACGGGACUCACACCAACGGCGCCCACACCAACGGAGCCCACACCAACGGCGCCCAUGUCGACGAGCUAACGAAUGGUGACAAUGGAAACACAAGCAGGAUUCAUAACUUGGCAGAUCUGAGUCCGGCCACAUCCAAUCUUCGCAUUUUGACCUGGUCGUCCGCGGAUGAGGACGGCAUCACUCGUUUUGCAGAGCCAUGGGAACGGUACCUGAGCAGGGAAACCCUCAAAGCGGACCCGGGUACGCAUUUGGAUGAUCUGGUUCACACACUCAACCAGCGACGUAGUCGUCUACCGUGGAUGACAUAUGCCCUUGUCGACGAGACAACCAAAUUGGCGGGUGUUUCAAAGGCCUGGGCCCCAUCCAUUCGACGCGAAGAAGCCCAUACUAUGGCCUUCGUGUUCUCGGGGCAAGGUGCCCAGUGGCCUCAAAUGGGCCGCGAACUUCUGGCCAGAUAUCCCUCGUAUCGCCAUAGCCUGCUUGAGGCAGGUAUCUACCUCAAGGAUCUUGGCUGUGAAUGGGACUUAUUGAGUGAGUUACGUGAACUGCAGAAGGAUGCAGCCAAGUCGUCGAUCAAUGACCCCAUGCUCGCGCAACCAGUGUGUACGGCGAUCCAGAUUGCGUUGGUUGAUCUUCUAUCAGCAUUUGGAAUAAAGCCUGCCGCUGUUGUUGGUCACUCCUCAGGCGAGAUAGCUGCAGCGUAUUGCGCUGGCGCCAUAUCCCGCGAGUACGCGUGGCGACUGGCCUAUUUCCGUGGUCUAUGGGCAGCAAAGCUAGCCGCCUCUUCAUCUACAGAUGGAGCAAUGAUGGCUGUAGCUCAGUCACCCGACCAAGUCAAAUCCACACUGGAGAAACUCGAAACCAAGGGACAGCCACUUCGCAUCUCUGUGGCAUGUGUCAAUGGACCAAAAGGAGUCACCCUGUCCGGUGAUCGUGGUCAGAUAAAUGAUCUUCACGCAAAGUUGAAAGAGGACGGUGUUUUCGUGCGCGUGUUGCCGAUUCCAGUGGCCUAUCAUUCAUACCAAAUGGAGGAAGUUGCCAUCGCCUACAAAGAAAGUGUGGGAGACGAGCUCAAGCACUCACUUGGCUGUCAUGAAGCCGAUCUUCCGCAGAUGGUCUCCUCUGUCACUGGCGGAUGGGCGGAAAGGGAGCAGCUGAGAAAGGCUGACUACUGGGUGACCAAUCUCCUUUCGACUGUCCAAUUCCUGGAUGCCUUCCAGAAGCUUUGCGGCGGUUCGUCUGGCCCCCCAACGAAGAAGCUAGACGGAUCUCAUCGAAAAAAUUUGGUCGUGGAUACUUUCAUCGAAAUCGGUCCCCAUCCUGCGAUGCGCGGUCCAUGUCGCGACAUACUCCGAGAUGCAGGCCGCAAGAGCGACGUCCGAUACUUGUCAACCCUCGCGCGAAACUCUUCUGGAGUACAGACCAUGUUGGAAACCAUGGCGAGUUUGCACUGUGUGGGAUAUCCAGUUGAUCUUAACGCAGUCAACUACAUACCUUCAAGGACCCCUAAGUAUCAACCGAAGACGCUUACCGAUCUUCCACCAUACUGCUUCAACCACACAAAGUCCUAUUGGCGUGAGGGGCCCAUAAGUAAAGGAUUUCGCUUCCGUCGAUUUGGAAGACACGAGAUGCUGGGAUGGCCUGAGGACGACUGGAAUCCCUUGUUGCCCAACUGGACAAAUAUUCUUCAGCCUUCCGAUCCGAUUUGGGUCAGAGACCACCAGAUCAGCAACACUGUUAUUCUACCAGGCGCCAGCAUGCUCAGCAUGGCCAUUGAGGCGGUCAAACAACUGACGGAGCCCGGUCUUACCAUCAGUGGGUUUAACUUCAAGAACGUACAAUUCAUCUCCGCUUUGGUCAUACCAUCAGGAGCUCCUAGUCUGGAUACUCGGUUCUCCAUGCGACCACAGCGAGAUGACGGGCCAGAAAGUGGAGGGUGGUACGAGUUCACUCUCUUCUCAAACAAGGGAACAUGGAACAAACACAGCAUGGGACUCAUUCAAGCGGUGAUUGAGAAGGAUGGAGAAGAUACUGGCCCAAUGGGACAGAGUCAGAUCAUAGCUCAAUUUCACGAAAUGAGUGAGCGAUCAACCACUCUGCUCGACCCUGAGGUUUCCUACGGAAGUCUCAAAUCCGCCAACUUCCAAUUUGGACCUGCCUUCAAAUGUAUCACAGCCAUGGCGACUGAUCAAAAGACCGACUUGGUGACUGAGAUCCAAACAUACAAGCCGGAAACUCCCGAAAAUUGGAGUGAGAGAUACACCAUCCACCCAACAACAUUAGACGGACUCAUGCAAAGUACCCAAGUGCUGCGCUCACAGGGCGGCCAAAAGAAGAUCGCGCCUGCAAUUCCUACUCGAAUUGACCGUGCGUGGGUGGCAAACACCGGACUUUGUAGCCCAUCUACCUCGUCUUUCAAAGUUUCAACCCAGCUCCACCAUGAGGGACGGCAAGAAUCGAAAUUUGGCCUGGCAGCAGUCAAUCACAAUGCCCAAGAUGUUCUCAUCUCCAUGGAGGGUGUCACCUUUACUGUGAUCGACUCACAGCAGGGCGGCGAUGACCCCAACAGCGCGUCUGAGAAGUCGAAAUGUCUCCAAAUUGAGUGGAAGCCUGAUUUGACACUGUUGAGCGGGGAUGAAAUCGUGAAGUUUUUCAAAGAGAGUAUUCCCGGUACAACUGGACUGGCUUUUGAUCAUAUGAAGGUGGACUUGAUGAUUGGAGGUUUCAUCUCACGUGCCCUCAAGGCAGUUGAGAAGAAGGGUGAAAGGCCAUUUACGCAAGCAGAGGGUCAGGCAUACGUGGAAUGGCUGAAACAACAGAUCCAGAAGACAAUGGCGGGAGAGUCACCAUUCAGCUCCACCUACUGGCAAUCCCAGAUUCAGGAUGAUGCCACGUUUGAGAAGCUUUGUGGCUCUAUCGAGAGGGCCAGUGAGCAGGGAAAGCUGUUUGUCAAUGUCGGAAAGGCUCUCCUGCGUCACAUACAGAACAAUCCGGAGAAACCCUGGUCUGGAGUCGUGAACCAGGAUCUCCUACGCUCGUCAUAUCAAGAAGUGUUCGAGAACUCCCCGGGGAUUCAGCGCUGGAAAUCCUAUCUCGAUUCCUUUGGCCACAAAAAUCCCGCCAUGAAGAUACUCGAGAUUGAUGGUGGCAUCGCAUCUAUUUCCGAUCUCAUUCUGGGUAGUCUUUCCGGCCAGGGUGCAAAUGGGAAUGCGACACCGCGAUUUGGUCAGUUCAACAUCACAGAUAGUGAUGGCAACCGAUUGGCUGCCCUUGAAGCACGAAGAGAAAAUUGGGGCCCGCGGGUUUCAUUCAACGAGCUGGACAUUGAGACCCUAUCAGGCGCAUACGACGCAGAGACCGCUGACUACGAUCUCAUUGUUGUUUGUUUGGCAUUCCAUGGCUUCACUUCGAUCGAGAAAUCUUUGAACGUGCUCCGCAAAAUGCUCAAGCCUCAGGGGAAGAUUGCCAUCAUCGACAUGGUUAAUCCGACCUCGGUCCGCAGUGGCUUUAUUCAUGGUCUGAACCAGCGAUGGUGGAUACGUAAGGCAUUUCCCCUAUUUGGAGUAAGAACUUUCUCUGACUUAUGGCCUCAAGACACGGAGUCGUACAGACAGAACGGAAACUGCAUCAAUGAGAGCCAUUGGGAUGAGGCCCUACGGCAAUCUGGAUUCUCUGGGUCUGAGUUCGUCUUCUGCGACCAUGAUGAUACGGCCUCACACGAAUUAAGUGUCAUCAUGUCCAGCGCUGUCGAUGAAAUCGACGCAGUUGAGGCUACUGAGUACUCUCCCAUAUCACUACUUUUGGACCCAACCGGAGAUGCUCAAAGGGCACUUUCUGUGGAUUUGCAUCAACUAUUGGGAGAUGUAUCCAGCAGUGUGGAUGAAUGGCACAUUAAUCAAGACAUCCCAGAUUCCCCUCCCAGCGAUCUGGUGUGUAUUGUUCUUUUGGAGCUGGAUGGGCCGGUCCUGGCCGACAUGGAUUCAACGAUUUUCCAGAGACUUCAAAAGCUGGCUUCUAUCUGCCACAAGAUAAUCUGGGUGACAUCUGAUGCAGGCCGCGACUCUUCGCCGUUCCUACGAGUCGCAGAUGGGCUCUUCCGUGUCUUGAACUCAGAAGAUAGUCGAGGGGUAUUUGCCACACUCUCCGUCGACGGUGCGGGCACCCAAGGGGAUUUGGUCUCCAGAGUUGUCCGCGCCAUCACGUCCUCCUCACGGCGAGAAACAGAAUAUGUUGAGCGAGAUGGAGUGUUGCAUAUCCCACGUUUCGUUGAAGCCCCUCAUAUUACUGCUCCCGUUGCACGGCUUCAAGCCUCGAAGUCCCACACGCGCCAGCAAUGGAAUUCUGGUCCACCACUGAGGCUUGGCCUCAGUCAAUCUGGAAUGCUUGACAAUCUUCAUUUUGUUGAAGAUACCACUCGGAACUCACCUCUCCCCGCGGACAAGAUUGAGAUCAAAGUGAAAGCAGUGGGCGCAAACUUCCGUGAUAUCCUGGUCCUACUGAAGAGAAUGGAUACGACAAAUGUUGGAUUCGAAUGUGCGGGUGUUGUUACCCGGGUCGGAAAGGACUGCCCCAACUUCCAGGUCGGAGAUCACGUUGCCGGCUGCGACUUUGAUACAUAUAGCAGCUAUGUUCGUUUCCACCGCGAUGCCGUCGUCAAGUUGCCGGGGGGUAUUUCCUUUGCUGAAGCCGCGGCCGUUCCAACCAACUUUGUUACUGCAUGGCAUGCAUUCGUUCAUGUCGCUAACUUACAAGAUGGGGAGACAGUCCUCAUUCACUCCGGUGCUGGCGGAACAGGCCAGGCAGCGAUCCAAGUCGCUCAGUACCUUGGAGCCAAUGUCAUCGCUACUGUCGGGAACUCGGACAAGAAGGCGUUCUUGAUGGAACGUUAUGGGAUUCCAGAAUCUCACAUAUUCUCGAGUCGCGAUACAAAGUUUGCCUACGGGGUCAAACAAUUAACUCAAGGCCGCGGCGUUGAUGUCGUUCUCAAUUCUUUGUCUGGAGAAGGCCUUCACGCUUCAUGGGAGUGCAUUGGCUCCUAUGGUCGAUUCGUUGAGAUGGGGAAAAGAGACGUUCUUAAUCACAGCUCUCUCGACAUGCAUUAUUUCCUGCGAAAUGUGACUUUCAGCGCCAUUGAUCUGGCACUGAUUACAUCCGAAAAGCCACAUCUUAUUGGAAAGGCACUUCGAGCGGUGAUGCCACUCAUUGCUUCUGGUGUCCUCGGAGUCUCGACACCCCAUCGGGUUUACGGUAUUGGUGAACUGGAGACCGGACUCCGAACACUACAAGGAGGACAGAACUCCGGGAAAGUUGUCUUUGAGAUGCGCGAUCAUGACAUAGUCGAUGCACUUGUUUCUCCACAACAACAUCACAGUUUCAACCCUAACGUAACAUAUGUCAUUGCUGGCGGGCUUGGCGGGUUAGGUCAAAACGUUGCCCGGUGGAUGGUGUCAUGCGGAGCGAGACACUUGCUGCUCUUGUCUCGAUCUGGAGCACACAGUCAAGGUGCAAGGUCCUUUGUUCGCGAGCUAUCUGCUCAUCGAGUAAAUGUCCUAGCGCCUUCAUGUGAUAUCACAACCCGUUCAAUGCUUGAAGCUGUUCUUGGGGAGGCUUCUUCUACGAUGCCUCCAAUCAAGGGCUGCAUUCAGGCCACAAUGGUUCUUCAGGAUUCCAUGUUUGAGUCGAUGACACACUCUCAAUGGGAGAAGGCUACUGCUCCUAAGAUUGCAGGUACCUGGAAUCUACAUGAGCUUCUCCCUUCUGGUCUGGAUUUCUUCAUCAUGAUAUCCUCCAUCUCCAGUGUGAUGGGCAACCGAGGCCAAGCAAACUAUGCUGCUGCUAACGGCUUCAUGGACUCACUUGCCCAUUACCGAACAGCCCGAGGCGAGCGUGCAACAUCUCUCAACAUGGGCUUCUUCCUCUCUGCUGGUGCAGUGGCCGAGUCAGCAUCCUUGCGAGAGCAUUUCACAUCUAAACUCCCCUGUGUUCCCGUCACAGAGUCAGAACUACAUGCUCUACUCUCCAUAUACUGUGAUACGUCAUCUGAGCGACCAACUCAGGGAGAUUGCCAAGUCAUCCUUGGAUUGACGACUUCUCAAGCAUCGUACAAGCGCAACCCUGACGCAGCAUACUGGCUUCAAAAGCCUGCCUUCAAGCAGAUUCUGGCCACUGAACAUACAGGUACUUCAGGAGCAGAGUCUCAAAACGGUUCUAGCGGAGCUGGAAACAGUCUCGCAUCGGCGGAUUCGGUGGAGGCAACGGGUGUGGUCGUGUUGGACUUGCUGUCAAGCAAGCUGUCCAGUGCGCUGGGAAUUAACAAGGAUGAGCUUUCAAGCAAGCAACCGAUGCACAGCUAUGGGAUUGAUUCUCUUGUUGCAGUGGAGCUUCGAAACUGGUUCUCGAAGGAGCUGAACGUGGACAUCGCAGUGUUUGACAUGUUGGGAGGGGCCACAAUUGCGGCAGUCGUUGAACUAGCAGCUGGCCAGAUUUUCGCGAAGCGAACGGCUUAG